AUGAAUGAAAAUAAGAUCUUGGAUGCUGCUUUGAUCAAGGACUUAUCUAAUCAUAUUUAUGAGAAAAGAAAGGCCACGGCCUUUCAAAUCGAAGGGCUUACGAAGUCUGCAUUUCAACGUAAUGAUUCAGAAACUAUUAGUAAAAUUAUUACAGAAUUAACCGAUUUGAUCGAUGGUGGGUCCAGUUCUGCUAAAAUGGGUGCUAUCACCGCGUUGGGAAGUGUCUCUAUAGCCUUGGGAUCGUUUGCAAUUGCAUUUUUUUUAAAUGAUAUCAUUAAACCGAUUUUUGCUACAUUUAAUGAUACAGAUGCAAGAGUUAGAUAUUACGCCUGUGAAUCACUUUAUAAUAUUGCUAAAAUAGCUCGUGGUGAAAUCCUAUCAUAUUUCAAUGAAAUUUUUGAUAUUUUAUGUAUAUUAGUUACUGAUACAGUUUCAUCAGUUAAAAAUGCUGCUGAUAUUUUAGAUAGACUUAUUAAAGAUAUCGUUAGUGCAAAAUCAACUAACUAUGUUUCAAUCCUACAACAGCAAGAGCAUGCUAAUAAUGAAAUUAAAUCAAAUGUUGUUGAUUCCCAAGGAGUUGCAAUCCAAGUAAAUCAAAUUCAAGAUGUUCAAAAGGCUUUUUCCUUACCCCGUUUCAUCCCAACUUUAUUGGAAAGAAUGUACACUACUGAUCCAUUUGCUAAAAAAUUCUUGAUAGGAUGGAUGGAGCUCUUCGAUGAUAUACCCUCGUUGGAAUUAAUAACUUUUGUUCCAAACUUAUUAGAACCUCUCAUCAAGUUCUUAAUGAAUAAGUGCCCAUCAGAUGUUAGAAUUGAAACCCAGAAUUUGUUAAACAACUUCCUUAAGGAAAUAAAAACCAUUUCAAAAGUGAAAUUCGAAGUAAAGAAAAGACAAAUGAUUAGUGAAUUGGAAAAGAAACAUGAAAAGGCUAAACAUCAAUCACAAGAAGAAGCUGAGUCCAGCCCAACUCCUGAAGAUUUAUCCGAAGAUAUUAAGGAUAUAGAACUAAAAGCCGGAGAUGAACAUUCAAUCAAGUCAAAUGAUACGACACUCAUUCGUAAGAACGAAAAUAAUGAUGAGGCUAUUGUUGACUCUGAUAGCUAUUCAGAUGAUGGAUCAAUAUUUUUAAGUGGUCAAGAUAUAUUCAUUGAUUUCCCUAAAAUAUUUGAUAUUUUAUUAUCAUUCUUAAGAGUCCCCGGUGAAAACCCAAAUGUUAAACUUAAUGAUUUAUCACUGGAAAGUCAUGAAACCUAUACUGAGAUAGAAUUGACUGUAAUCAAAUGGUUGCAAGAAAUCUUAUUGAUGAGUCCUACUAGUUUUGUGAAAUAUUUACCCGAUUGUAUUUCAGUAACUUUGAAAAACAUAUCGAUAACCGAUAAUAACAAGGAUUUUGAUCUUCGAAAUCAGUUAUUGAAAUUUAAUAUAUCGCUCCAAGAUUUCAUUAUAAAUUUGAAUGAACGUGGGGACUCAGAAGGGAAAAGCUCUCAUGAUGAGGUAGUAUCAAAUAAGGAUGAUAUAGUUAUCAAUGUAAAUGAAAUCCAUGGAUUAAAUAAAGAAGUUUACGAAGAAUUCCUUGAGGUUUAUUUGAAUAAGACAUUCCGUGGUAUAAUGCACGAAUGUUUGACAUGUGCCAAUGAGUUUGCUCGUCUUACUCUGAUAGAUUGGUUAAUAUUUUUAUAUUCCAAAAUACCUUCAAGUUUUUUAAAAGUUAUAUCGAACGAAGAGAAAAGUCCCGAAACCAAAGAUUCUUUUGAUUUUACAGCUUUAUUAAAAUCUUCGGCAGAUGCUAGUAAUGAAGUGAUUUUAAAAGUUUUACAUUUUCUAUCACAAAUUUCAGAAACAAAUCAGGAUUUUUUCAAAGAAUUUAUGAUUAAAUUAGUAAAAUUUGUUGAAUCUGAGGGGUCAGUUGCUGCUUCAUCAUUAUCUAGAAGUAAAAUUGAAUUUAUCAUUCGAAAAUUAUGCGUUACUUUAAGUUCCGAAAAAAUUUAUAAAAGUAUAUCGGAAGUAUUGGCUCUGUAUGAAACGGAAAAGUUGGAGUUUCUAAAUAUGAUGGUGGUUACAUUAAAUAAUAUUCUUUUAACCUCUCACGAGUUGGCAGGAUUCCGUAAAAAAUUGAAAAACCUCGAUGUUUAUAAACUUGAAGAUUGGUCUCUUUUCGCUACAUUAUUUCAAAGCUGGUGUCAUAGUCCGCCUAGUGCUCUAUCUUUGUGUUUAUUUACUUCCAAUUAUGAAUUGGCGUACUUGAUCAUUAAAAAUUUGGCUGAUCUGGAAGUCACUUUUCAACUACUCACCCAACUAGAUGUUUUAGUUCAACUAUUAGAAACCCCAAUCUUCUUGAAAUUAAGGUUACAACUCUUAGAACCAGAGAAAAACCCUCAUCUUUAUAAAACCUUAUACGGAAUCCUCAUGAUUCUACCGCAAUCAACUACAUUCACCACUUUGAAAAAUAGACUUUCUUCCAUCUCGUUGGUUAACAAUACCAACAAUCCUGGGUUGACUGGUCCAUUAAGUACUCCAGUAACAACCCCAGGAGCUAAUACCACUCCGAAUAAUCAAUUAUCUAUCAAGAAGAAACGCAACUAUGAAAUGAUUGAGAAGUUUUCCACGAUCCGAGAAGCUCAUGACAAUUAUCAUUUGGAAGGUAAACUCAAGGACUCAUACUAUAACGGGUUCAUCCCACCAGCCAGAAGCGACACCCAGCACCAAUUAACUAAUUGAAAUGAUUAACCAAUUGAAAUAAUCAACCAAUUGAAAUAAUCAACCAAUUGAAAUAAUCAACCAAUUGAAAUAAUCAACAAUUGAAAUAAUCAACAAUUGAAAUAAUCAACCAAUUGAAAUAAUCAACCAAUUGAACUAAUUAACCAAUUGAACUAAUUAACUAAUUGAACUAAUAAACUGGUUGAC